ACCUCGUACGAUAUUCCCAAUUUUCGCGCAUAUGUAAUUGUGCGUUAUGAUCUAGUUUCGUAUAUGGUUGUAGGAAAACAACAUUACAACAUGACCAUAAUUGACAUAUUUUUUUAACAAAAUUUCUAGUGCAAAAACAAAAAGCAAACUAUAUUUGUGGCUAUAAGCUGCUACCAAUUUUUUCACUAAUAUUUUGACUUGGUGAUUUUCGUUUAAAAAAAAACAGACUAUAGUUUAAGCAUAAUACAGAAACCUGGCUACGUUUGGUACCAUAUUUUUUCUUCACCUUCUACAUGUUCCACAGUACCUCCAUACCGGUCUCACUUUUUUCGCAUCUUUACAUUAUAGUAGUUUAAAGUUCUACCUGCGCAAUUGUUUAUUUAACCACUUUAUGUCUAUGACAUAAUCGUAAGAAACGAAUAAACUUGCACAAAAUCGCUCGUAGAACACUCGCAUCGUAAUCGGUUGCCUAGCGCACUAAAAAUAAAUCACCCAGUUUGACUCUUAUUUACCGAAUUUUUACAAUGUCCGUCAAUUUUUGCACGGUUAUUUUAACGUUCGUUUGCGUGUACACAAUGUCCGAAGUGAAAAUAAAAAUAACGGACAAGUUAGUAGACAUGUUGAUCCAUUCUGUCACUUCCACAUUCUAACUAUUUAUAAACUUUGUGUUGUGACGUCGAAUAUUUUCCAACUUUGCGACCUCUUACCCUCUGAUUGCCCUCAAAAGUGAAAAUUGUGCGCGAAAAUGGCACAAAUUCCCCAAUCCGGGCUAUUUAUUGAGGGUGGUGGAUAUUUGCGAAGGGCCAAUCCGCAACAUUUACGUGAUAUUUUUAACAAGUAUGCGUCGCAAGAAAAGAACGGGGAGAAAUUUAUGACCCCGGAAGAUUUUAUUAUUAAAUAUCUCGGAUUGUUUGAACCGGAAAAUUUUAAUGCUCAUUCGGUGCGUCUUCUCGCCGGAAUCGUCGACACAAGCAAGGAUGGACUCAUUUCCUACUCGGAGUUCCAAGCUUUUGAAGGACUCUUGUGCUUCCCGGACGCGCUUUACAAAACUGCAUUUCAAUUGUUCGACACUAAUGGAAAUGGAAUGGUUAGUUUUCAGGAAUUCGUUGAGGUGAUGAAGAAAACCGAGCUUCAUGAACGCAUCCCUUUCAACAUGGAUUCGCCCUUUAUCCAGUUGUAUUUUGGGCGUGAGAAAAAACGCUUAGUGUCCUACAGCGAAUUCAGUCAGUUUCUUCACGAUUUCCACGAAGAGUACGCAAUUGAAGGCUUCCGAAGGGCUGAUAAGACCGGCAGUGGUUUUAUUUCGGUGUUGGAUUUUCAGUUCAUCAUGACCAAUAUCAAAAGCCAUUUGCUCACCAAGCAAGUACAAUCGCACCUAAUCGAGACGGCUCAAGGGGCAACCAGUGGUCGAAGGGUCAGCUUUCCCUAUUUCAUUGCAUUUAAUUCGUUGUUAAACAACAUGGAGUUGGCAAAACGUAUUUAUUUGAAUGUGACAAACGGUCAUAGGACGCAAGAAGUAACGAAAGAAGAGUUUAUGCACUCGGCACAGGCGAUGUCACAAAUGACCCCUCUCGAAGUCGAUAUUUUGUUUCAACUGUGUGAUGUACUUCACCAAACAGGGCGGAUCGUUUAUAAUGACCUUAAUGCCAUCGCACCGGAACAAUAUUACAAACAAAUCACAAACCGACUUGCCGAAAUACACGCCGUCUCUAGUCCCGAAGAUAGAGGAGUUUUUAUACAAGUCUUGGAAAGCAUGUACAGGUUUACGCUAGGCUCAGUGGCAGGAGCGGUUGGCGCUACUGCCGUCUACCCCAUCGAUUUGGUGAAAACCCGGAUGCAGAAUCAGCGAACGGGCUCGUUCAUCGGCGAAUUAAUGUACAGAAAUAGUAUCGAUUGUUUCAAGAAAGUAAUCCGUCAUGAGGGCGUUUUUGGUCUCUAUCGUGGUCUAGUACCACAAUUAAUGGGCGUAGCGCCCGAAAAAGCCAUCAAACUGACGGUGAAUGAUUUCGUGCGAGAUAAAUUCUACGACAAAAACGGCAACAUUUCUGGGAUUGGUGAAGUGAUUUCCGGUGCAGCGGCCGGUGCUUCGCAAGUGAUUUUUACGAAUCCGUUAGAAAUCGUCAAAAUCCGGUUGCAAGUCGCUGGUGAGAUCGCCGGUGGGUCGAAGGUCAGGGCGUGGCAUGUGGUCAAAGAAUUGGGGCUUUUUGGGCUAUACAAAGGAGCAAAGGCUUGCCUACUCAGAGAUAUCCCCUUCAGUGCGAUUUAUUUCCCGACUUACGCUCACACGAAAGCGAAAUUCGCCGACGAGACCGGUUAUAACCAUCCGUUGUCGUUGCUAGCAGCUGGUGCUAUUGCUGGUGUCCCUGCUGCCGGUUUGGUGACCCCAGCUGACGUCAUCAAAACCCGACUCCAAGUGGUAGCAAGGGCCGGGCAGACCACCUACAAUGGGGUCUUCGACGCGGCGAGAAAGAUCUACGUAGAGGAAGGGUUUAGGGCGUUUUGGAAGGGCGCGAUUGCUCGGGUGUGUCGGUCGUCUCCGCAGUUUGGUGUGACGCUUGUGACUUAUGAAGUUUUACAAAGAAUGCUCUAUAUUGAUUUCGGCGGAACGAGACCUGCUGGAUCCGAACUGAAAGUCACAGCGUUGGGUGGUGAUGCCCCCAAGUCACAAAAUCCGGAUCAUGUCGGUGGUUACUCAGUCUCCAUACCAGUCUUCUCAGGAAUUGAAACUAAAUUUGGUCUUUGCCUGCCAAAGUUUAGUGUACAAAAAGCAGCCUAAUUUUUUGGUUUUGUUUUUCGGAAAUGCUUAGCUUCGAUCACCGGCUGCCACAUUUUCGAAUUUUACUCUGUACAUAGAUGAGAUUGUUAUACAAAAAGUAUGCUUUAUCCCUUUUUAAGUUCUAAAAGUGGCAAUAAAUUUAAAAUUGCAUUGUUUUCUCAGAGACUUGUAUUGCUUUCUGGAAGGAAGUAAUGGCACUAAAUGCAUAACAAAGUUUUUUAUUUUUGAAUAUUUGUUCGUAACUUGUUCUUAUCUCAGAUUUUAUUAAAACACUUUAAGAUUCUAUUUAAUAAAGUAUACACAA